CGAGAAGCGUGGCGGGGCCUAUCCGUUGACCUAUAUCGAAAAUUCAUUCUCGCUGGGACACCUGGUAUAAGUAUCUCGAGAGAUCUUCGUUGUCCCACUUCUCCAUCAUCAUCUCAUUUCUUGUGCACCGGGCAACGAAGAUCCUGGCGGUUUUCGAUUAUCUCAUAUCCUUGGCUCUCGACUAAUAUCCUUCUUCACUCGUUAUAAUACCUAAUCAUAAUCAUCCAAUACAACCUUAAUCACCUUCGGCACAACACCUAUCAGCCAUGUCACGCAACAACAGCUUCUCGACCAUGCAGCGCAACGACAGCUUCGAUCUCACCCUGGCCCACCAUGACCAUGUGGUCUGCGUCGUCGGAGUUGGCUAUGUCGGCGAGCACCUUCUCAGAUCAUUUGGUACUUGCUACCAAUCAAUUGGCUUCGACAUCUCAGUCCAGCGCCUCGCGCAACUGCAGCCUAUUUUUGGUCACAUGCCCAAUGUGACUCUUACCAACGAUGAGUCCUUUUUGGACAGAGCUACCGCCUAUCUCAUCUCGGUCCCUACUCUUCUCAAGGCUGAUAACACUGUCGACCUGAGCCAUCUCAUCAGUGCAUUGGCCAUGGUUCUGAAGCACGUUCAGCCUGGCAACACCAUUGUCAUUGAGAGCAGUGUCCAAGUUGGCACCACCCGCCAGAUUCUUGGCCCUUACCAAAACAUCCUCCACUGUGGCAUGUCUCCAGAGCGUGUUGACCCUGGUCGCACCUUCCCCACUGCCCAGCAGAUCCCCAAGAUCAUCUCCGCACUCACUCCUGCAUCCAACUCUGUCAUUCACAAGCUGUACGCUCGCGUCUUCGACCAAGUAGUACCCGUCAGCAAGCCUGAGGUUGCCGAAAUGACCAAGCUGUUCGAGAACUGUUACCGCAUGGUCAACAUUGCCUAUGUCAAUGAGAUGGCCGAUGCAGCCCGUGCUCACGGUAUUGACCCCAACGAGAUGAUUGACGCCGCCGCAACAAAACCCUAUGGCUACCAGGCUUUCCGCCCCGGUCUCGGUGUUGGCGGUCACUGCAUCCCUGUCAACCCCUUCUACCUCUUCUCCAACAACCCCAACCUCCCCGUCCUCAAGCGUGCCACAAAGCUCAUGCGCAACCGCCCUGCUGCUCUUGCCAAGAAGCUUCACCGUCGCUGCGCUGCUCGUGCUGCCUGCCCUACCGGUCCUCGCAUUCUUGUCGUCGGUAUUGGCUUCAAGCCUGGCCAGAGUGUCCUCAGCUACUCUCCCGGCCUUGCUUUCGCAACUGAGCUUCAGCGUCUUGGCUGCUCGCGCCUCGUCUUCCACGACCCUCUUGUUGAGCAAUCACAAGUACCAUGGCUCGAGAAGCUUGACCACGCUGGCUUCCACCCUGGCCGCUUGGAUCUCGAGUUCGAUGCCGUCGCCGUCUGCACAAGACAACAUGGUGUUGACUUCACUGUCCUCGACAAGCUGCGCCACUGCAGAGUCAAGACCUUCGACACCGCAUAGAUUGCAUCUUCCAGUCUGCAUCUUUCGCUUCCUGCAUCACUUCGCUUCAUCCUGCAUGUUCCAUUCCACGGCUCGCGUACCGUCUAUCUCGGUCUUUUUCACGAGUUCAGGCCUUAUACGCUAAUUAUUUCUUGUCUUUCUUCUCAUCAUCUCUGUUGGGCAUUUUUAGCGAUCGGUUGUGUUUUCAUAUUCAUUGGCUAUCGCCAUCCAUCUUUGUUAGAUACUAGAUUUAGAUCCUUACACCCUAUACCCAAAAGUCAAUCAUAUCUUUACAAAGCAAAAACGAGCCU